AUGAAUAAAAAUCGUUUUUUUGCAGACGGAAAUUCUUCGUCAAGCGAAGAAAAUAGUGAUGAUGAACCACAAAUAAAAAUUCAAACAACCAAGUCUUUUGUAAAAUCAUAUAUUAUUAACAAUGAUGAUGAUGAUGAUACAGAAAAUGUUAAACGUAUCGUUCGAAGUGAAAAAGAUAAACGAUACGAAGAAAUAGAAGAAAAUAUUAAAAAAAUCAAACAAGUUAUACGUAUACGUGAUAUUAAACAAGUUUACGAAUGUUUUGAAAAUCUAAUCAAAGUAUAUGAUAAAGCUCGUCGAGUAAUAGAAAAAGAACAAAUUAUACCACGAUUUUAUAUUAAAAUAUUAGUACAACUUGAAGAUUUUGUCAAUGAAUGUUGGAAUAAUAAAGAUUGGUGUAAUAAAUUUAAUAAAACGAAUUCAAAUAAUUUAAAAAUACUUCGUCAAAAACUUCGUCAAUAUAUACAAAUAGAAUCAUUUCAAAAUGAAAAAAAUUCAUAUCGUGAAGUUAAUGAUGAUGUAGUUGAAAUCAAUGAAACUUCAUCAAGUGAUGAUUUUUCAAGCGAAAAUAAUGAUGAUUCAAUUGAUAAUGAAUUACCACUAAAUCAAUCUUACAUUAAUUUUUUUCUUCAAAAUACAACUAUUACUAAACGACGAGAAAAAGAAUGUAAAUCUAUUCGACAAUCUGAUGAAAAAAAAUUCAAAGAAAUAACAUCUAAAGAAGAUAUUCUAAAAUUUGAUAAUGAUAAAGAAAUUUUAAAAAAAUUAAAUGAAAUUGUUUCUACACGUGGUAAACAUUCUACAAAUUAUCAUGAUCAAUUCGAAUAUUUAAAUAAUCUUCGACAAUAUGUUAAAAAACAAAAUUUAUGCGUUGAAAUUGAUAUUAAAAUUUUAUUAAUAGAUAUUACAAUUAGUUUCGAUUAUCAUCAAAAAGAAAAUCGAUAUUCAAAAUUUGAAACAUGGACACGUAUCCUCGAUUGUAUCGAAGAAUUAGUAACACUUAUAUCCGAAAAUGAUCAUGCCCAGGACGAGCAUUACGAUCUUCUCAAUCAUCUAUCUAGUAUUCAAGGUACAUUUAUUCGUCUUCGUUUUCAUGAUAUUAAUGAUUUAAUGAAAGCUCGUAAAGAAUUACAACCAAUUGUUAAACGUAAUAUUGAACGUGAAAAAGAACAACAAUCUCAUCCUGAAUUAGUUGUAUUAAAACGAACUACAUCAUCAAAUUCAACUAGUGAUCUUAUUGUUGAUGGUCUUUCAAAUGCAAAUGUUGCUGAAAAACAAAUUGAUGGUAUUAUUGAAUUACGUGAAUUUGAUGUACCAUAUCAUAUUCGAGUUUAUAUUGAUUUAAAAAUAAAUGUUGGCCUUUGGUAUGGUAUUCUUGGUCAAUCAAAUAGUGGACCACAAAAUCAACUUCUAUUAAAAUUAGAUUUAAUUGAACAACUAGAACCAAUUAUUUUUGCAUUUGAUAUUGAAUGUACUAAAAUACCAUUGAAAUUUCCUUCAGCUGCAUCAGAUCAAAUUAUGAUGAUAUCUUAUAUGAUUGAUACACAAGGUUAUUUAAUAAUAAAUUAUGAAAUAAGUUCACAAGAUAUUGAUGAUUUUGAAUAUACACCAAAUGAAGAAUAUCCUGAUCAUUUUCAUGUUUUUAAUCAACCAAAUGAAUUUGAAUUAAUCAAACGUUUUUUUAAUCAUAUUAUUGAUGUUAAACCUCAUAUAUAUUAG